AUGGCGCGCGGACAGACGCCCCAGGGCAGUCUUCGGCAGAGGAAUGUCGCCUCUAAGAAGACGGCCGAGGGCGCCUUCGACACGGACGAACCCGAGAUCGACAAGCUGGUCAAGGCUGCCCAGAAGGAGGGCAGGGCGGCAAAGGAGCGCGAUCACCAGAUCGCCUUUUCCGUCAUCACCUUCCUGGCCUUCUUCACCCGCUUCUGGGGCAUCAGCCACCCCGACGAGGUCGUCUUUGACGAGGUUCACUUUGGCAAGUUCGCCUCGUACUACCUGGAACGGACAUACUUCUUCGAUGUCCACCCUCCCCUGGGCAAGCUCCUCUUUGCCUUCAUGGGCUGGCUCGUCGGCUACGAUGGCCACUUCCACUUCGACAACAUCGGCGACUCGUACAUCACGAACAAGGUCCCCUACGUCGCCUUCCGCGCUCUGCCCGCUAUCCUCGGUGCCCUGACGGUUUCCGUGACGUACCUCAUCAUGUGGGAGUCGGGCUACACCGUCCCUGCCUGCGUCAUCGCCGCCAGUCUGGUGCUCCUCGACAACGCCCACAUCGGCCAGACCCGUCUGAUCCUGCUCGAUGCCACCCUCGUCUUCGCCAUGGUCUGCAGCAUCCUCUUCUACAUCAAGUUCUACAAGCUGCGCCACGAACCGUUCAGCCGCAAGUGGUGGAAGUGGCUCGUCCUCACCGGCUUUGCUCUGUCCUGCGACAUGUCGACCAAGUACGUCGGUCUCUUUGCCUUCUUCACCGUCGGCUCGGCCGUCAUCAUCGACCUGUGGGAUCUCCUCGAUGUCAGGAGGCACGGCGGCCCCCUGAGUCUGCCCACCGUCGCCAAGCACUUUGCAGCGCGCGCCUUCGGCCUCAUCAUCAUGCCCUUUCUCUUCUACCUCUUCUGGUUCCAGGUCCACUUCAGCAUCCUCACCCGCUCCGGCCCGGGCGACGACUUCAUGACCCCCGCCUUCCAGGAGACGCUGAGCGACAAUGCCAUGACGGCCAACUCGCUCAACAUCCAGUACUACGACACCCUCACCAUCCGUCACAAGGAGACCAAGGCCUACCUCCACAGCCACGAGGACACGUACCCUCUGCGCUACGACGAUGGCCGUGUCUCGAGCCAGGGCCAGCAGGUGACGGGCUACCCCUUCAACGACACCAACAACCACUGGCAGAUCCUCCCCGUCACCGACGACGGCGAGGCUAGCCGCAGUGUCAGGAACUUUGACCUCGUCCGCCUCAGGCACCUGGUGACGGACAAGAUCCUCCUCUCGCACGACGUCGCCUCCCCCUACUACCCCACCAACCAGGAGUUCACCGCCGUCUCGACCGACGAGGGCUUCGGCAGCCGCCAGAACGACACCAUCUUCGAGAUCAGGAUCGAGAACGCUAAGCGGGAUCAGGAGUUCAAGUCGGUGGCCAGCCACUUCAAGCUGAUCCACAACCCCAGCAAGGUGGCCAUGUGGACGCACACCAAGCCCCUCCCCGACUGGGGUUACAAGCAGCAGGAGAUCAACGGCAACAAGCAGGUCGGCUCCAGCGCCAACGUCUGGCUGGUCGAGGACAUCCCCUCGGUCCAGGAGACGGACCCCCGCCGCAACAAGCCCAAGCGCCAGGUCAAGAGCCUGCCCUUCCUGCAGAAGUGGUUCGAGCUCCAGCGCGCCAUGUUCUACCACAACAGCAAGCUCACCAGCAGCCACCCGUACGCGAGCCACCCCUACCAGUGGCCCUUCCUGCUACGCGGUGUCAGCUUCUGGACGCAGAACGAGACGCGCCAGCAGAUUUACUUUGUCGGGAACCCCUUCGGCUGGUGGCUCGCCAGCGGUCUCCUCGCCGUCUACGUCGGCAUCCUGGCCGCCGACCAAGUCUCCCUCCGUCGUGGAGUUGAUGUCCUGGAUCACCGCACCCGCUCUCGCCUGUACAACUCGACGGGUUUCUUCUUCCUCACCUGGCUGACCCACUACUUCCCCUUCUACCUCAUGGGCCGUCAGCUCUUCCUGCACCACUACCUCCCCGCACACGUGGCGUCGUGCCUCGUCGCCGGCGGACUGAUAGAGUUCAUCUUCAGCGCCGAGCCCCUCGACGCCCAGAUCGCCCGCGGUAAGGAGCGCGGCCCUCGUAGGCAUCUGACCGGCCGUGAGCGCCUGGCUGGCCAGAGCAUGACGGGCACCUGGGCGGCGUGUAUCGUCAUCGUCUCGAUCGUCUGGGUGGGCUGGUACUUCUUCCUGCCCUUGACGUACGGGUACCCUGGUCUCUCUGUCGAGCAGAUUCAGUGGAGGAAGAUGCUCGGUUACGACCUUCACUUCGCGAAAUAA